AUGGCGGACACCGACAUGCUUUUUUUGGUGCAUUGGGAGGAUCGCAUGCUCUCAGUUAUUGAGAAGGGCGAUAUUUUAGAGCCUUUGAAAGAGAAUUAUGUCGAAGGAGAGCUUAUUUUUGCUAAAUUUGGCAAGAAGCGCUACGAAGCAGUUAUAUGUGAAGUACAUCCCAACAUGAAGUACUUAAUGAAGCAAGCAAAACUCCCUCCGAAAUAUUCAUACACAGAAGUAAAACAACGGCAGAAUGCACUACCUACAGUUCCUUCAUUAUCAGGUCCUUAUCACAGUGUGGUACCAUCAAAAGCACCUUCUGACUUUCAGUCAGAAAAGUCAUCUAGUCAGCCAGAGAUGUCAUCUAGUCAGCCAGAAAAGUCAUCUAGAAGUCAGUCAGAAAAGUCAUCUGGUCAGUCAGAAAAGUCAUCUAGAAGUCAGUCAGAAAAGUCAUCUUGUCAGUCAGAAAAGUCAUCUGGUCAGUCAGAGAAGUCAUCUAGUCAGUCAGAAAAGUCAUCUGGUCAGUCAGAAAAGUCAUCUAGAAGUCAGUCAGAAAAGUCAUCUGGUCAGUCAGAAAAGUCAUCUGGUCAGUCAGAGAAGUCAUCUAGUCAGUCAGAAAAGUCAUCUGGUCAGUCAGAAAAGUCAUCUAGAAGUCAGUCAGAAAAGUCAUCUGGUCAGUCAGAAAAGUCAUCUAGAAGUCAGUCAGAAAAGUCAUCUGGUCAGUCAGAAAAGUCAUCUGGUCAGUCUGAAAAGUCAUCUGGUCAGUCAGAAAAGUCAUCUAGUCAGUCAGAAAAGUCAUCUGGUCAGUCAGAGGAGUCAUUUGUUCAGUCAGAAAAGUCAUCAAUGCCAACAUCCAGUCAGUCACACAGGUCACCGAGUCAUGACGGCAAGUCUUCUUCCAGGAAUUCAGAAAAGUCCUCUUCCUUUUUGCCAAGCAAUUCUAAGAAACGCAAAGAAUUCAGCUUGGAAGAAGAAUGCAGAAGCCUCAGGAAAAAAGUGAAAAAGUUGGAAGAGCGGGUCACAGCUCUGGAGGAAAAGCCGGGUUCCACCAAAACUGAGGAUGAUAUGGCGCAGGACUUGGUAGCACACCUGAAUGCGUCAGACACAGGUGAAAUAGUGCAAAUACUGGCACGAUAUAUCUUCACUGAAGAGGAAUUAAAAAAAUCAUCAAGAACGGGGAAGAAAACAGUGAAAUCAGGAGAAAGUCCAAGGCCUCCAUUGGAUCAGGAAAAGUUUCAAAAAUUAGAAAGACUUGUUAUUCUAAAAACAAAAGUUGCAAAAGAAGUGUUCAUAAAAAAGUUUGAAAACUUCCAAAAGGUUUUGCGUAGAAAGUGA